CAGCUGGUUGGUUAAAUAGCAGAUUUUCUUUUUGAAAAAACGCGCCCUAGUUUGUUAUUUCUGCCCGGCCACUAAAGGCUGAGCUCAGGUUUACGAAUAUCAUUAAGUUUUCCUGAGAUAUAGAACGUUUUUUGACAUUCUAAUCUUUGUCGAAAUUGUCAUUUGAUGUGGUUGUGUUUAAUUGUUUGUUAAGAGGUUUUGAGUUAUUACAAAGAAAUACAACUUCACGGGGAAUGCCUGAUUUUUGUGCUGCCCACGCCUGCUCCAAUGAACGCAACCUCCAAACGAGAUCCCGUGGGAUCACCUUUCACAAGUUUCCAAAAAGCAAAGAGCGCAGGAGGCAGUGGGAACUGGCCGUCAGAAGGAACGGCUUCGUCGCAAACGAUCGCUCGCUGCUCUGCAGCGAACACUUUCGAGAUGAAGACUUUGAUCGGUCGGGACAGACGGUCAGGCUCAGAGAUGGCGUCUUGCCGCAAAUCUUCAAUUUCCCUGCUCAUCUUCAAAAGCCGCCGGUAGCAAGAAGAAGCACAGCUACUUCCAGAAGGGCAGCAGAACCCUUGCCCGAGGUCCCUUCCCCUGCUUGCCGAACGUCGGGCGGAGAAGGAAAGAGCCAGAAGAGGACGUCCAGCGACCACUUGUACGCGUUGCCUUCCUGCCCCGUGGCUCUGAAGGCCAAAUUCGACGCGGCCAUGAAAGCGUUGUGGAAGCUGCAGUGCGAGAAGCGCAAUGCCCUUGCCAGGCAGAGGAGGGCCCGAAAAAAGACGGACAAUGGUGAAGAGCCGCCCUCCCUCUGCGUUUAACCAUGUGACUGGGCCUUUCAUACAAUCACGUUAGCAUUUUAGCUCUGUACUUUAUUUAUUUCAAAGUGAAUCGUUUGAAAUGGACAAUUUAUCAUUUUACAUUUUGCUUGGAUGACAUUUUUUUCCAUCAUUUCUUAACUGAGUCUGGUGUUAACACUGAUCAGACCAGUGCUAAGGAUUGUUUCUCUCUUCUGCGUUUUUUUUUUUAACUCAUGGUUCCUUUCUUUCUUUCUGUUCUUAAGAUGAGACUUUUAGUUUGAACUCAGUCCACUUAGGUGGUCUCUCUGUGUUUGUUUUUGUUGCUGAAAUCAUGACAAAGUUACCAAUAAUAAAGCAGGUCAUCGCCA